AUGGGCCAAGCGCUAUCUACGGAGUGGGGGCCUGUUCCGGUGGUUCUGAUAUUCCGGAGGUCUACGCGGCAGCGGCGGAGACGACCGACACUGCAUCUACUCCCGUCUCUCCUUUCGCUAUGUUUCGUGCUUUUGAUAGCGGAGGUGAAAAGUUUCACAUGGAAUUGUCACAUGAACGUAUGGAAGACGACAGUUUGUGAGCUCUUUGCGGUGGAAUAUCCCAAAUUGCUGAUACGGGUGGAGGCGUUUCCGCCCCAAAAAGCGCUUUCUACAUUGAAAGACGCGCAAGGAGUGGCAAAGAUCGCUCGAUCUUUGGGUAACGGCCUUCUCGCGACUAAAUUGGUGUUGACCGAGCUUAUUCGGAAACUGUCAAGUCAGCACAAGCGGGCAAAGGCCCCUAUUCUCAACCUCUGGGCGACUUUUGUACGUCAUGGCACAGCUUCUAUUGUAUCAACAGCGGCGACUCCUACCACCGAGUACAACGUUUUUUUGUUUGACGCUUCCAGGUUUACGCCGGCUGAUGUUGCGCACCCAAACAGCUGUGUGCAGAUCGCUCGUCUGCGGGUCAGAAACUGCUGCUGCGUGAAGGAACCGAUGACGAGUGGAAAAUUAUCGUCGGAAUCGCGGAAGGUUACGUGGCGUGACGACGUAUGCCAGACUUCCUCAGGACUGUACUAG